UUCCAGCUCAGUGCUAGGUUGAUCCGCUGCGUUGCGUACGUCAACUCCUUUGGAGCAUUCACAAAAGUCAACAAUAAACAUCCGUCCCGUCCGUCGCCGUCGAUAAAGUUACGAAAUACGAAAUCAUGAACAAUAACAAAAAAACGGUCGCAUCGCGAAGUUCAAAUUGUUAAUAAUUUCUUUUCGAUUCAUCAGGCUAACGGAUAGCAAGAAUGAAUGAAGAAUAUGGGUGUGCGAUGGUUUUUCUUGUUGUGGAUGUUUUUUUGUGUCUGUACUCUCCGAUUUAUAUCUGUAGCGGCAGAAACGGGGUACACCAUGUGCGACAUCCAAGAAUGCAAUUGCACAAUUAAGGUAGCACCGUGGAAAGUCAUCAACUGCAGUUUACAUGAAGGACAGGUAGUAAACUUGGAAAAUGCCAACGUUCCCAAAGAAGCUUUCGAAAUCUACAUUAAUGGUGGAAGAGAACUAACUUUUUCGACCAAAACAUUUAAAGAGGUGCCCGCACUAUCAUUCAUCUACCUAAAUGGAAUUCAAAGAGUCGUGAUGGAGAAAAAGUCGUUUUAUUAUAUUACGUCUUCUAGUCUACUAAUUCAAAUACAGAACUGUGAUGAACUAAUUAUUAAGACUGGUGCAUUUGAAUACUUGCAGAGUUCCGUUUCCAUAGAAGUCUUCAAUGUACAUUAUGUCAGCGUGGAACCAGCAGCAUUCAGCAAACUCGACAAUAGCACGUUCAAGAACGUCAAGUUGCUGAAACUAUACGAGCGAUCUUUCGAUUUUAAAAACCAAAAAACUAUCGCUAGCUACGGACCUGUUACAGUUAUAAUCUUCGAUAACGUCGAAAUUCCGAAGAUACCUCGAGAAGUUUUUCUGCAGUCUUUAGCCAGCGUAUCAUUCCAAAACUGUAAAAUUGGUGUCAUAUUGACGGAUGCUUUUAAAGCGACACAGAUAUCAUCGAUUGUAUUGAUUAAUUCCAGUAUCGAAAAUAUUCAAGCAGCGGCGUUCGCUGAAAGGUCUCUCAUUUGCGACUUCAAAAUCAGUAAAUGCAAUAUUUCCAGGAUACAAUCGAAGGCAGUUUUUGCAGCUUUUGGCAAUUUUUCUUUAAGCCAUUCCAUUGUUACAGAUAUAGAAUCCGGUGCCAUAAACGCUACAAUUGCAAGAAGUGAAAUUAGCCACAACCAAAUAUUCAACAUCUAUCCAUCAGGCAUAACCAUCCACAGCUGGAACUUCGUCAGCAUGGACAAGAACAUAAUCAAGAAUCUUCACCGAAAUUUUUUGACAGCGUCUCACGGAAACGAAAACGAAAAACUGUCAUUCAAAGGAAACGACGUUUAUGCCGUAGAAGAAGGAGCACUGUCUUUUUUAUCCAAUAUAGAUUCUUCCAUCUUAACAUUCGACGACAAUUUUUUCAACCAGUCAUGUGAUUGCUCUAUAGAUCACUGGAUUGAAAAAGUUGCCUCAAUUAAUCAAAUACCUUUGAUUAAAGAUACGAGUUUUUGUACAGUCAACGAGCUCUUAUCAAAAUGUUUUUCUUUGCCUAUAGGUACAAUCAAUAUUCAAAAUUUCACUGAAAAAGCUUGUAAAAAUUUAACAAUUUGUGAACCUUACGAAGGUAAAACUAGAGUAGUAGAUACAACCAGCAAAAUUUUUCUAGAAGAAGACGAUUCAACCAAACAGAAUUGGUUAAUAUUCAUGUUAACAAUUAUAGGACUAUUUGUUUUAGCAAUACUUGUCACUUUUAUUAUUCUAAUUGUUAGGGGUAGCAGAUGGCUCAAAGAAAAAGGAUAUUUUAGAAAUGUACACUAUAACAAUAACGAUUUAAGUAUAGAAGAAGAAGGUACAGUAGUAACAGUGGACGAGAAUGAAAAACUAGAAAUUCCAGAAGAACUAACGCUGGAAUUCCUUCAAGUUUUAGCGAAAAGAUUGGACGAUCCGAACACUCACCAAGACGCUUCAGAAAUGAUCGAACGUCUCUAUGAAAUGUUUAUAAUAGAUGACGGAUAUGAAAACAAUAACCGACAAGAGGAAGAAGCGCACCUCUACGAAGAACUAGGCAACUUAAACUUACAAAUUCCUCCUCCCCCUUACGAAGAAGAAAAGGAAUCAUCUUCUGGUGCACGAAGUAUCUUAAAAUUGAUGGAGGAAAAGUUUACCCAGCAAGCAGAACCGAGUGUAAAUGGGAAACCAUCACUAGUAGGAGAGUAUUCUGAACCAACGGAUGCAGCUGUUCAUCUUUAUUCCGAACUGAAGAACAAAACUGAUAAAUCCGACAAUAGUAAAAGUAGUACAGACUGUUUAAAGCCAAGUGAGACGUUGAAUAAUGUAAAGAAUGAUUGGUUGUCCCUACCCGGACCAUCGACUAAGUUGUAAAGUUUAUUUUAUGUGUGUGUGGUUGUUGAUGUGAUAAACCUACACCAUACACUACAAUAUUCUCUGCGGUUAUGGUGUUUGGUUUGUAACAUCUGAAUCGUAGGCGCUCUUUGGUUUUCCUCGCAUAUGAAAUAAAUUUUAUUGCGUUGUGUUCGUCAUUAAUACUACUUUUAUAUUAUAAUUGUUCUAAAGCUCAUAAAAGAAUCUGAUUUUAUGUGGUAUUUCUCUUCUUUAAGUACUACAUUUAUCGAACAUUUCACAUCAAUUAUAUAAACGUCAAAUUAACGUAAUAUUUUGCAAAAACCCUAUUUUAGAUCCCAUGAUACUGGGGCCACACUAACGUUAACGUUUAACUUUCAUUAUCGUAUUAACUUAUACACCAAAAAUGAUGGAUUAAACUGUGGAUUGGAUGGAUUAAAAUAAUUUCAAGAUGGAAGUCGAAGCUACUAUGCUGUUAUAUUUUAUGAGUGCUAAUUGUCUUAUGAGUCAAAAGAAGAUGGUGGAUGAUAAAAAUGCACAGAAAACGAUUUUUUUAUAUUUAUUUGAAUGAGUCGUAGAGUAUCCCAUAAGAGUGUCUUUUUCUUUUUUAAAUCUUCUACCGCCGCUGGAAAAGAUAAUGACUGCACAAUUCGACGCCAAACGUCACCAUGAAAAGCACGAUUUUUGUGUGAUUUUUGUCGGGGAUCCCAUAAACAAGGUUCUGUUUCAAACACUUAAAAAUUCGAUUAUUUUUUCAUUACACCACUCCAUUUUCGUCGAAUAGUAUGUAUUUCACAAAACAAAUUACACUGCUGCACUGCAAGCUAGAACUUGUUGUGUAAGCAGCGCUAGUGUAGCCAAAACAACGGAGUAACUCCUUUGAUGUGUCGAAAGAAACCGACACUCGAGCUAUCGCCUAACGUUUAACGUGAUUAAUAAGGACAAUAACAAAUUAGCGCGCUAAGUCGUGGCUACACCUCUCUAGUAUUUAAUGUCAAUAAUGCGAUAAUUAACGCCAUUAGAUGUUAGUGUGACCACAGCAUUAUAGACGCCGUUUGAAGCACCACAUUUAUGUAUAUGACCACAGAAACUUACAACUAUUGCCAUGUCUCAAAAUGUAUGCAGCUUUUUUGCUCUAUAUUUUAAAAAUGUGUGCCAUAUUUUAUUGAAAAUUAACUGUAUAUUGUUUCAAAAUAUUUUUAAAGUCAUCAUUCUGAAACUUAAAAUUGGAAAAUACUAACGAGAACAUAAUUAGCAUCCUUUGCAAUACUCGAGAUCCAUUAUUUUUAGGACAGAAUAUUAUGUAUAUCGAUUUCGUUUUUGAUAUUUUAAGGAAUAUGAAAAUUUAGCAAAAAUAAUCCCAGUAUUAAGUAUUUUUUAGCCCGUUUAAAAUACGUUGUCUCGUUUGGUUAAUAAUGCUGUUUCGAGUUUCUUAGAGCAGAUUUUGCACUGGUCACUGAAUGGGUGGUCAAUCAUUAGAUGGUCAUCAUAAGGUGGUCAGAUGCUUUUAAGCCAUUUAUUAGUGUUAAAAUGACUAGCUUAACUUCAGAAAAGGCUUACUUAUACAGUAUGUCCCUGUAAGUUGUAUCCAUAUGGAAAACUUUGUUAUUAUUAAUUUUACGAAAAAAAGUUAUUCUUUAUAAAAAUCUCUGCAUGGUCCAAAACUUAAGAUUUAAUCAUAAAAUAUCACAUUUUUUGAAUAUUAUACGAGGUAUAUCAAAAAGUUUGAAUUUCACUCAAGAGUAAAUUAGCUUUAUUUUUCGUAAUAUUGGAAAUUGCUAUUAUGAAAAGUUGUUUGGAAUUAAAAACUAUAUUCUAAUAUGCAAUUACAUCCUUCUAACUGAAAAAGUUUUUUUUUUUGAGAAAUUAUGGAUAACUAUCAUUAUUUUUUCAGUUGUUUCAAUUCUGAUAACUCUUUUAUUAUUAAUUUUACGAAAAAAAGUGAUUCUUAAUAAAAAGUUCUGGAUAGUCUAAAACUUAAAAUACAACCAUCUUAUAUUAAAUUUUAUCAAUUUUAUACGAGGUAUGUCAAAAAAGAUAAAUUUAGAUCAAAAGUAAAGUACCUUUAUAGUUCAGAAUAUUUCAAUUAGAAGGAUGUAAUUACAUACUGAAACAUAGUUUUUAAUUCUAAAUAACUUUUCAUAAUAACAAUUUUCGAUAUUGUGAAAAAUAAGCGUAUUUUACUCUUGAGCGAAAAUCAUAUUUUUUCACAUACCUCGUAUAAAAUUGAUAAAAUUUGACAAAAGAUGGUUGUAUUUUAGGUUUUAGACCAUGCAGAACUUUUUAUUAAGAAUCACUUUUUUUCGUAAAAUUAAUAAUAAAAGAGUUAUCUGAAUUAAAAUGACUGAAAAUAAUGAUAGUUAUCCAUAUUUUUCAAAAAAAAAAAAAAAAAUUCAAUUAGAAGGAUGUAAUUGUAUACUAGAAUACAGUUUUUAAUUCCAAACAACUUUUCAUAAUAGCAAUUUUCAAUAUUGUGAAAAAUAAAGCUACUUUACUCUUGAGUGAAAUUCAAACUUUUUGACAUACCUCGUAUAAUAUUCAAAAAAUUUGAUAUUUGAUGGUUAAAUCUUAGGUUUUGGACCAUGCAGAGCUUUUUAUAAAGAAUAACUUUUUUUCGUAAAAUUAAUAAUAAAAAAGUUUUCCAUAUGGAUACAACUUACAGGGACAUACUGUAUAUUUCUGUAUGUCACAUACAGUUCUUCUGUAUUUAUUUUUAUUUUGAUAUAGGUACGUUUGAAAUUUGAUUAUACUUAUUGGUAUGUUCGUUUUAUAAAGUAAAAGAAUCACAUUCCUUAGUUUCAUUUUCUCGAACAUUUUUCUUGUUCUUAAAGACGCUCGUUUAUUUCAUUAGACCAAUAAACGACCGUUUUGGAGUGUAAUUUUCAGGGGCAACUCCGAAUUGCAUGAAAAUUUGGAUUUACGUUCUACUUACACUCCACUUCAAAAUUGAAUUUGUGCCAUUGAUUGCUUUUACUCGGGGGGUGACAGUCUGGGGUGAAAAAACAUAGGUUCAAGAUAAGCCCGGAGUUUUUUAAGUAAGUCAAUACUUUUCGAGUUAUUUGCGAUUUAAAAUGUUUAUUUUUCGACAAAAAAACUACGUUUUCAGGCGGUUUUUAUUUUACUGUAAUAUAUUUUAUCGAAAAAAAUAUUAUUAGUAAAAGCGUAGCUUAUAAAAAAAAACGAAAAAAUGGUAUAUUAGUAAAGUCUAUAAACCGAGUAAAAGCAAAGUUGUAGCUCAUGAAAAAUACGUUCUGAUUCUAGUGUAGGAAACAGAGGUUGAACGUCGCAAAAUGGACACAAGUCCUCUUUUAUUUUUUUUUCUGAUCUAAAAAAUUUUGCCCCGGAACCCCCCUUUUCAUCCAUUUAAAGGGGGUAAUUUGUGGUUUUUGCGAAACGUAGCCCUUCCUGUACGUUUUGCAAAAAAUUUGCUUAAUAGUAAAAUGAAGAGGACUAUAUUUUCUACUAUUUAUUUCACGACAGCAUAUGUCUAUCACCCACUGUUUAGCGGGGGUGGCGCCCCAAACUUGACAAAAUUUUAAAAAAGAUGUUUUAAAAAAAAUUAUUUUUCCCCAACUGUAAUGAAAAUUAAGAAGAAACCCUGUGGAGAUCAAUCACUAAUAAGUGGCUGAUUUUUUGGUAUAGGUUUUAUUUAAGGACAAUUGCCCAUUUUUUAAUUACAGGGUGUUACAUUUUAAAAAACCCCUUUUUGGCACCGCCUAUGCUAGAGUAAAAAAACUUUCAGCGAUUACCCAUAUACUAGUGUUAUUUACAAAUUUCUAUAAUGCACCCCCAUUUUUUUCCGGAACCACCCCAAAAAAGGAGAAUUAAUAAAAAAGUGAUUUUCUUGGAAUCCUUCACAAACCAUGCCCUUUAUUAAAAUGCUUCAUAUAUUAUUUUGUGCACGUUCUUAUUACCCAUGCAUGGACACAAAAAGCGAUUUCUUAAUGCAACCACUGUAGCCAAAAAACAAAAUAAAUAAAGUGGGGUUGAAAAAAAUUUUUUUUUGCUUUUUGACCCAUAUGGACAUAUGAUCCAUCAAUAGGGUUUUUUAUAAAUAUAUAUCAUUAUUGCAACAUCCCUGCAGAAACUACCCCAUCCUUGAAAAUAUACUGCAGAAACUACCCCUAUCCCUUGGAGAGCAUGUUUUGACGAUUUUCUCAUUACCUAUGCAUUUUUUUAAAACAAACCUUAUAGAGAAGUAAAGACCACUAUUUUCUCUAUAAAUAAGGUCCUAUGCAUUCUUUUGGUAUAAGCAACCGUUACGACACAGUGGCGCCGUAAACCUCAGAAAUGCUUUGGCGGGCUCCAGUUUUUGUUUUUUUUAUUAAACUAUUCAUUUUAUGAAUAACGUACUUAUGGAAAAUAAAAGAACACACUGUCUGCUACCGGUGUCGGAAAGUUGGUCGAGAACACUUCGUCGACGGAAAAUUAGUCGACAACAUUUGGUCGACAAACAGUUGGUCGAAUGCACAAUUCAUCGAAUGUACAAUUCGUCGACGAACAUUUGAUCGAAUGGAUUUUUCGUCGACAAAGACCCAAUGCCUCGAUUCCCAAUUUAUUUACCUGAGCAUCUCGCAUAUUCUUCUUGUCCACAAGUGCCCCCUCAAAUUUGACUUGGACGGAAAUGCUCCGUUCGCAAGUGCGCCGACACCAAAAAUAAGAACGGUACAACAUCACUAAUUAAAAUAUCGGUUUAUAUUAAUUUAUAUUUAGAAAAAAAAUUAACAAAACAAAAAAAAAUAAAUUCAGAUAUGUAUAAUACAAUAACAAAAUAAAAACCAAUAAUCCGUCAUUUGUCACCAUUAAUAACUUUAUCCUAAAGAUAAAUAACAGUUUGUCGACGAAAAAUCCAUUCGAUCAAAUAUUCGUCGACGAAUUGUACAUUCGAUGAAUUGUGCAUUCGACCAACUGUUUGUCGACCAAAUGUUGUCGACUAAUUUUCCGUCGACGAAGUGUUCUCGACCAACUUUCCUAGACCCGUCUGCUACACAUUAUGGCCUAUGCAUAUUUUAUUUUCUUUGCACCCUAAAGCCACAGUGGUGGCCCAAAAUCAACUUUUGAUUAUUUUCUUUAUUAAUUCUCCUUUUUUUCAGGUGGUUCCGGCGAAAAUAUGGGGGUGCAUUAUGCAAAUUUGUAAAUAACACUAAUACAUGGAUAAUCGCUGAAAGUUGUUUUACUCUAGCAUAGGCGGUUCAGAUGGUAUAAAAAGGGGGUUUUUAAAAUAUAACACCCUAUAAUUAAAAAAUUUGCAAUUGCCCUUAAACGAAACCUAUACCAAAAAAUCAACCACUUAUUUGUGAUUAAUUGCCGCAGAGUUUCUUAUUAAUUUUAAUUACAGUUAGGAAAAAAUAAUUUUUUUUAAAAACAUCUUUUUUAAAAAUUUGUCAACUUUGAGGGCCACCCCCGCUAAACGGUGGGUGAUAGACAUAUGCUGUCGGGAAAUAAAUAGUAGGAAAUAUAGUCCUCUUCAUUUUACUAUUAAGUGAAUUUUUACAAAACGUACAGGAAGUGUUACGUUUCGCAAAAACCACAAAUUACCCCUUUUAAAGGGAUGAAAAGGGGGGUUCCGGGGAGAAAUUUUUUAAGAAAAAGUUAGUCUCAUAAUAAACACCCAGAAAAAAAAAUAAAACCGGACUUGUGUCCAUUUUGCGAGGUUCAACCUCUGUUUCCUACACUAUUCGUCUAAUUCCAAAUCGAAUAUUUCAACGUGAAAUCACCGAAAAAUAAGCAAUUUUGGGAAAAAACAGUGUUUAAAAAAAGCUUUAUUUUUGUUUUUUUACAAAAGUUUCUAGCAUCCAAAAUAAACGAGGUACGCUAAAAUAAAACCUGGCCCCUUUUCUUUUGGUAAAAAAAAAUCUCGUGAAAAUCUCCCUCUAUUAAGCACCCUAAAUAAAAUUAAUCGUUACCGCUUUACCAUUUACUUUAAAUCUAUGUUUAUAUGAUCUGUAAGUUUAACUGGUUUGAAGUGCUUAUUUAUAAAAAAAUUUGGUUAUGUAGUAAAAAAAAGUUUUUUCUAAAAAUUUUGGAAAAAUUUCUUGUUUUCGAAAUAACUUAAAAAGUAUUAGUGAUACGAAAAAUCUCAAAGAGUAAAAAAAAUGUAGGUUUUGCUGUUAUAAAUAUCAGUUUCAUUUUGUUUUUCUGAAAGACAAAAAUUGGUCCAGGUAUGGCUGUUCAAAGUUUGCAUACACUCGUGAUUAGUGACUCCUUCAAGCUUUUUCAACUAUAUCCCUUUCAAAAAUAAGCACUUUAAACCGGUGAAACGUGACAUAUCAUAUAAGAAAUAGAUAAGUAAAGUAAAUUGUUUGUAAAGCGGUAACGAUUCCCAGCUAAACACGGGGAGAUUUUCAUGAUUUGUUUACCAAACUUUAUUUUGAGCGUAACUCGCUCAUUUUUAAUGCUAGAAACUUUAAUAAACAAUCAGAGCAAAGCUGCUUUCUUUAACACUUUAAAAAACUUUAAAUGGGUUUUUCCCGAAAAGUGCUUCAUUUUUUGGUUAUUUCACGAUGAAAUAUUUGAUUCGAAAUUGGACGAAUAAAAACGCAUUUUUGAUGAACUACAAAUUUGCUGUUGCUGGAUCUAUAGACUUCACGAAUACGCAACUCUUCGUUUUUUUCUAAGCUACAUUUUUGCUGAAAAUAUUUUUUUCGAUAAAAUAUUUACUUUUUGAGUUAUUUGCGAAAAACCGUCUGAAAACGUAGUUUUUUUGUCGGAAAAUAAACAUUUUCAAUCGCAAAUAACUCGAAAAGUAUUGACUUACAUAAAGAACUCUAUAGAACAAAAGUUGCUUAUAAGUUUUCUCACCCCCGGAAAGGGGUUACUGUCACCUCCCAAGUAAAAGCAACCAACGGCACAAAUUCAACUUUGAAUUGGAGGGUAGGUAGAACCUAAAUCAAAAUUUUCAUGCAAUUCGGGGUUGCUCCUGAAAAGUACACGGUAUCGCCGUAUUUCCCGUUCAUUUACUGGGCUACAUACUGGGGAACACAUUCAAAUAUCUGCAUUAAUUUUAGUGAAAUAUGACGAUUUCCACAACCAAUUCCGAAUUAUCAACUUUUCAGGGUUUGGGCAUAUCUCGUUUGAAUAUUUUUGGAAUUAUCUUGACAAUAUCUGGCUUUUCGAUAGUCGUACUGUAAUUUCGAAGAAACUUAGGACCCUGAAGAGAUCCAAUAACAUUGAAUCAGAUUUACUUUUUGCUCUAGAAUUAUCAGUUAAUGUUAAAUAAAGCAUAGAAAAUCACUACUUCGUCAAAUGAUAUAUUUUUUUGGUUCACGAUGUGCAAAAUACUGUAUUUUUUUAUUAUAAAUUAUUAGUUUUAGUCAUUAUCUAAUUAUACGAAUUUUUAUUGAAUAUAUUAAAAAAGCGAUUUUGUUCUAAAACAACAAAAAAAUAAAUGCGUGAGUGCUAUUUUAAAUAGAGGGGUACUUUUGUAAAUACAUUUUUCAUCAAUUAAAAAUACCUCUGGCAAGAUUUAACAUUUUUACGAAUUUAAAUUCCAUUUUGUGGAAAAAAUGAAUUUAAGACAUACUAAGUUUUUUUUCGUAUAACGUCCAUUGAAUUUCAUUAAUUAGAAACGUAUGUGGUUUUUUAACUACGAACUAUAAGUAUAAUACGUUUAAUCAGGCCUAUUCUGUAACUACAAAUCUAAUAGAUAUGAAUCAAAUCGAAUAGAGGUCAGCAAGUCGGUUUGGAAUUUAUAGGAGUUGGUAUUCUGUAACUCAUCUCGACCUCUACUAUCGGAACGUUGGGUAGAAAUUGAUUUUGACUAGAUACGCCAGUCAAUAGUCAAUGGGAGCAAGAAUAGGAUAUUACCUCCGAAUUCUAUCCUACUGCAUGGAUUUUAAUGAAAUUGUGGGCCUAGCCUCUACUUAUCUCCUUAUUCAAAGUCUACCCUAUGCCGAUGUGUGCUUUUAUCUUGGCGGUGGUUCCCACUUCUUCUUAGGGGUGGAAAAUUUUUUGAUUAAAAUUACCACAGAAUUCGCUAGUGAACCUAAUUCUAAGCAAAAACUGUUCUAUAAUUUUUUUUUAAACUCAAUACUUUUUGAGAUAUUCGUGGUUGAAUAUUAGCCAUUUUCAUUGAAACAUAAUACCUUUUCGAACGGUUUUUUGCGAAUACCUUAAAAACUAUGCAUCUAACUAAAAAAACUAUAUUAAACAUUUUUGUAGGUUAUAAAAAAACAAAGAGACACUUGCCUUCAUAAAUCUUCUAGUUAUAAUACAAAACGAGAUAUGGUAGGUGAAAAUAGUUUGUUUUUUGGUACAUUCUCAAAUUGGUGUAUUCAACUUGAAAUAACAGAGAAACGGUCGAUUUUAGGUGUAUAAUGCCACUAAUAUCUUUUGUAGUGCUUGAAAAGACCUUUACAGUGAGGUACAUUAAAGGUCCAUUACUUUAAAACUAAGCGAGAUAUGGUGCAAACAAAAUUGAUAACUAAUGUAUUUUAAGAAAAAAUGAGAAGUAAUUUUAACCCCCAUCUACCAAAACGUAAAUGCAUGGUCUUUCUUCUACAAUACCUUUUAUUAUAGUGUUAUUUUUAUGUUCGGGUUUAAAAUAAAUGGUUUUUGAAAAAAAAAAGAUCAAAUUAUAGAGCGCAAUUUUAAAUUUUCUUAAAAAUCUUCCUUUCUCUCCAUGUAACUUCAAAAUGAUAAGAGAUACAGUAAUGAAAAAUAAAAAGAAAAUUUUUAUCUGAAAAAGCCCUACAUUUUUGUGUCAUAUCUUUUUUUCGUAUAUCUUAUCUUUUUCGAGUGACAUGGAGGAAAAGGAAGAUUUUUAAUAAAAUUUAAAAAUGCACUCUAUAAUUUGAUCUUAUUUUUUUCAAAAACCAUUCAUUUUAUUCCAGUAAAACUUUUUGAACAUAGAAAUAACACUAUAAUAAAAAGUAUUGUAGAAGGAAAACGAUGUAUUUAAAUUCUGAUGGAUGAGAGGUUAAAUAUACUUCUCAUUUCUUCUUAAAAUACAUUAGUCAUGAACUUUUUUGCAGAAUAUCUCGCUUAGUUUGCAUGUACAUAAUUGACAAUUAUUAUUGCUCAUUUUAAAGGUCUUUUCAAGCACUACAAAAGUUAUUAGUAUCAUUAUACACCUAAAAUCGUUUCUCUGUUAUUUCAAGUUGAAUACACCGAUUUGAGCAUGCAGCAAAAAAACAAACUCUUCUUACCUACCAUAUCCCUUUUUGUAUUUUAACUAGAAAUGGAAAGGAUUUAUUAAGGAACGAAUCUCUUUGUUUUUUAUAACCUACAGAAAUAUUUUAUAUAGUUUUUUUGGUAGAUGCAUUAUUUUAAAGGUAUUCGCAAAAAUCCGUCCGAAAAGGUGUCAUUUUUCAAUGAAAAUGGCCAAUUUUCAACCACGAAUAACUCAAAAAGUAUUGAGUUUUCAAAAAAUAAUCUUAGAACAGUUUUUGCUUAAAAUUAGGUUCUUUAGCCUCUUCCGUGGCUAUUUUAACCAAAACAUUUUUCACCCCCGAGAAGGGGUGGGAACCACCCCAAGAUAAAAGCGCACAUCGGCAUAGGGUAGACUUUGUGUCUUGAGCUAUUCCCUACUUACUGUGAAAAUAUCAAGUAAAUCGAUGUUGUAGGAUGGAAUUCGGAGCCAAAUACCCUCAUUGACUGCCCUAAGACAAGCCCUGUCCAGAUCACAUUUCGACAUCGUAAUUGGUCUUGACGCUUGCGCAUUGGCAUUAUUAUUGUUGUUUUGACGUUUAUUUGUUAAAUUAAUUAGCGAUUUUAGUCCGUGUUGGUAUUUAUUUAGAUAAUUGUAUAUUUAAUUUUAUAUACCAAUAAUUAAUUAUACAUCAUCAAUGUUAAUAGAAAUCAUUUAACAUUUUUCUUCGCACCGAACACUUAUUUCACUUUGCAGUGCGGUGAUGCCACCUCCUCCUGAGCGCGCCAAAUAUAAGUUGGCGUUUUCGAUUUACACUGAUUACGAUGUGAGUUACGGAAUGCAAAUCCAAACACGAAAACGACGACGCGAUAGGUAUCCAACAUUCCGAUUUCCGGUAAUUAGUAUUCGACUUAGUUACUUUUAUUCGAUUUGUUAAAAGUUACAGAAUAGGUCUGAUGUAUAGUAGUGUAUAAGUUGGUAACAUUUGAACAGCUGAUCAGUGAUAUGCAAUGAAAGUUGAUGAAAAAUUCUAUAUAAUUCUUGAUAUUAUGUAUAUAAUCUUGUUUUUAAUCAACGUAGUUUAAUGAAAGCAAAUAUAAGCAAAUUUUAUCGGUUUAAAUUAAGUCAGAUGUUACUUAAAUUUCUAUGUAUGUAUUUUUUCCUAGAUUUAACCUAAAUUGCAUCUAAAAUAUCGCAAGGAUAAUCUUGCCUUACUGUGAUAAUGUUGUGUUAGUUGUAUAUUUUGUAUUUUAUCUUAAUGUAUGAUUUCGACAUAAUUUUUUAUUAAAAUUAUAGUUCAUA